AACAUUUCAUUAUCAGCUGGCUGACAAAAUGGCGAUGCAUGUGGCCAGACGUGUGACGACGAUCACUUGGAAUUGUAACGUGAUUUAGCCCCAAUCAGUCUGAUUUUUCCACCAAAUACGAAUGAUUUUCCAAGGAGUUUAUAUUUAACUGCGGAAUUAUGCAGUCAGUUUUGGUUUAUGGGCGCCAGAUCGCCCGUGCUGUGAUGGGAUAUGUACCGUACGAUGCGAGUAGGAGCAUCGAGUACAGCAGGGAUGGGAGACGAAUGCGCUUGGUUACGGCAUCAUGCGGGUUCUCUAAGGACGAUGCCGCUGCAGAUGCAAACAGCCGCGUCUUCAAGCAAGGCAUGUUCGGGGAUGAUGCAUGUUUUGUAGCCAAGUACAAAGGCUUUGAUGUCCUCGGUGUUGCUGAUGGGGUCGGAGGAUGGAGGGACUACGGCAUCGACCCGUCUCAGUUCCCAUGCCAGCUGAUGAAGAUGUGCAAACGGAUGGUCAAGGAGGGUCACUUUGAUCCACGCUCUCCAGUAGCCAUCAUCGCCACAAGCUACCAGGAGCUCCUAGAGCACAAGGCACCUCUCAUGGGGAGCAGUACAGCCUGCAUAGUUAUAUUUGACAGCGAUAACAAGACGGUAGCUUCAGCAAACCUGGGUGACUCUGGGUUCCUUAUCAUCAGAGCGGGCAGGGUGGUACACCGAUCGGAGGAACAGCAGCAUUAUUUUAACACGCCGUUCCAACUUUCGAUAGCACCCCCCGGCUUGAGAACAAUAUUAAGUGAUAGUCCUCAUUCAGCAUCCAGCUCACUCUUCUGUGUUAAAAAGGGCGAUAUCAUCUUAGUAGCGACAGACGGUCUCUUUGACAACAUGUCGGAGCAUAUGAUCCUUGGGGAACUCUCCAAACUAAAGGAUAACUCAUUCUCAAGUGUACAGAAGACGGUCAACGACAUCGCAGCAAAAGCAAGACGCCUUGCGUACGACCCAACCUACAUGUCACCGUUUGCGAUGCAUGCAAGAGAAAACGGGAUGGAGUUUACAGGUGGCAAGCCAGACGACAUCACCGUCCUGAUGUCAACGGUCGGCUACGAUAGCGAUGACGACACAUAAUACUCGCUACCCUCCGCCCCCUGGAGGGAGGGGCGGUUCCCCAGUAGACUCUAUAAACAGACUGCCAGGUAGUGGGAUACCUCAGUAUGCAGUCCUGAAACAAUGUAUCAUGUGAAUAGAAUAUAUAUAUUAUGGAGACUUGGUAGCUAGAUGAGAAAGGAGAGAUGAAGCAAGAUGGUGUUGGAUCAAAAGGGAGACGAAGGAGCAAAGAGAGAGAGAGAGAGGAAGUGACCGUCGUUCGUGUAGCUUUUGCUUAAAGAUGUACUGUAGUCUCCACCCAUGGUAUAGGGUCAAAGGGCAGAUGUGGCAACAAAAGGGGAAGGCAACAAAAGGGGAAGUAACCGUCGUUCAUGUCGCUUUUUGCGUUAGAAUCUACACUCCUGCUCAUCCCCGCCCAUGGUCGAGUGUUGGAGGGUGCGCGCAACGGAGCUGAUAAAGAGGAAGUGACCCUCGUUCGUGAACUCUCCUGACCAUGGCCUAGGGUCGGAGGUCAGAGGUCGCUUGCAACAAUGAUGAUGUAAAGAAAGUAACCGUCUUCAUCUUCUUAUUUACUCUUCCACCCAUCCUUGUCUGUGGUCGAGUGUCAAAGGGCUGCUGACAGAGGAAAUAACCGUCGUUCACGUCGCUUUCGCAUUGAAAUGUACACUCCCACGAUUGAGGGUCAAAGGUUGCUUGCAAGUUACAACAAAGCAGAGAUAGAGAAAGUAACCGUCGUUCAUGUAGCGAUCCUGUCACUUGUAAAUGAAUUACCCCGCCUACUCUUGGUUCUACACCUACAUGCUGGAGUUGGUUUCCUAUGUAACACAUGAUCGAUAGACCUGCAAGUGAUCCGUAGGGUCUUUCUACCGCCAACCAGGAUCAGCUGUGUCCUUUUAAGAGGUUUAUCCUGGUUGGUUUAGAGGAAAACCAAAUGGAUCUUUUGAAAACGCAGCCCGUUGGAAUCAUAACUAAUAAGGUCUCUGAAGUAAUUUGCCUAAAUCAAGGGCACCGAUGAAACUGAAAAGAUUCUAUGAAUACAUCCAGAAUAGCAUGGCAUUGUAAAGCUCUGAGCGAAGCAAGGUUGCUCGAUAAGGCCUAUAUUAAAGAUUGUAUGUUAAGAACCAGGAAGCCGUUUGAUGGUUGUUAACAACCUUCUGGCUCUAAACAGACAAUAUGUCCAGUAUAAACAAAGAUAUCAAUGAAUUAAAAUGUUUAAACCUGGCAAUCCUGUUAUUUCUAAAUCAUACAUAUAUACAUGUAUGUGGUAUACAUUUUAAAAGGCAUGCUAGUCAUGUCUCUAUGUUAAAUGAUGGUCUUUUUAGAAUCUCAGAUUAACAGAUCAAUGCUAAUUUAUGGUAUUUAUUAUAUUCAUCACCUACAGCAAUAGUUUAAUGACUGAAUUUCUGUGCAUGGGUGUUUUAAGAUGGUUAUAGAGAGGGGGGGGGGGGGGGUCUCUAAAGUUAGUCCUUUAUUCGUUUUCAUCAUAUAUUAUUUUCCUGUCGUAGAAAAUGUGCAAACAUAGCUUUUUGUAUUGCGGUAUACACGAGUGAUUACAGAAAUGUUUUACAAAAAUGUCUAACCAGGAUACAGAAAUGUCUCCUAUCACUUUUUGAGUGUAUGCAACUUUUGGGGGGCAUGUUUUUUUUUUGUUUUUUUUUGCCAGUCCAAAUAACCCAUUUAUUGUUUGAUAGAUAAUAAAUGUUAAACAACAUUUAA